GAAAAAACGGAAAGUGUAUGUAAAAUAUCGUUCACUUGAAUGUCACAAGGGUAGCAACGUUGUCCUCCAACCCUCUGAUCAGUCUGUUACUGUGCUUGUCAGUUGAGGGUUAAAGUGAUUUUCUGAUAGCAACAGCUUGAUUAAAGAGAAUUAGCCAAAGCAGAUAAAAAUUAAUUUCCAAUAUUACAUCAUUUACAAAAGGGGAAACUAAAAACAUUUUACAAACAGCUUCAUGAGGAUCAGCCAUCAAGUCUGAAAAGAUAACUGUCCCAAAAGGUUACAGGAUCUGAGUUUCUGGAUACAGGAAUAACUUGUUACAGCAUGGGAAAACUUUGAACACAGAUCCAGUUUGUUAUGAUGGCAGGACCUAGUAAUGACAAGUGCAGCAGGUCAGUGGUUUGCAAUGAUGACCCUCCACCUCUGAGUAUUACACUGAAGGAGCUUGGAGAUUUGCCAAAGAAGGUGAAACAUUGGGACACGGACUAUUCUCCAGUUGACAUUCUGCUCUUGACUGCGGGGGAUUGCGAGUUCUUGGCUUGUCAUCAUUACUUGCGAGAUUCCUUUAGAAGCUAUGAGAAAUCCAUUGGAUAUGUGUACUUUGGAAAGAUGGGUGACGAUGAAGAGGAGUCACUGAAAGUUGCUUUAGUGAAGUGUUCUAAAGAAUCCUUGGAUCCUGGAGGUUCUCAAACUUCUGCUAAGAAUGCCAUCACACUCCUGAGACCUAAGGCUACCUUUUUGGUUGGUUUCUGCUACAGUUUGAAUCCUGACAAAGCCCAGCUAGGAGAUGUGGUGAUAUCCUCACAGCUUACAAUAGAUCAUCACAAAACCCCAGUGAGUAGGGAUGUUGGUAACCUUGUCAAAAGUGCAGCUGAUGGAUGGAAGGCACCAUUACAAAACCCAGAAGCGCAAAAGGUCAAAGUACAUUGGGAUGGAGAGAUUUUGAGUUGCUCUGAUCUGAUUGGUGCUGAACAGCAGUGUCAAUUACACCCUGGGGCAAUUGCAGUUGAAAUGGAAGGAAAAGGUCUUUUUGCAGCAGCUCAUGACAUGAAGAUGGAGUGGCUUGUUGUUAAAGGUGUUUGUGGUUUUGUACCUGGCAGUGCAACUAAAAACAAUUCAUGGAAGACUUUUGCUUGUGUUAUGGCAGCUUCUGUUGUAUCCAACAUGUUGAGUAACUCUUUUGUGUUUGGAGACUGGCCUCAUUACGGAGGUACUUCACCCCUCACUGAAGUACCCACUACUGGUCAUGGAAGAGAACUAGUAGAAUCAAGGGGAAGGACAGACAUUUCAGCUGAAGAGGAGAGUUGUAAAAGUGAUGAUCCUUCAGAAAAUAAACGUAGAAGGCUAGCAGAACCGUUGAAUGUUGAGAAGUGCCAAGAGAAGCUAAAAUCUUAUUAUGACACCUUCAGUAAGGUGAAAAUCGUUCCAUGGGACGAAAGCUCUUCCAUUCAGAUUGAUGAGAUCUACACACCUUUGAGUUGGGUGAGAGAUCACAGGAAGCCCAGCGGAGUGACACAAGAGGAACUUGAAGACUACACCGACAUGUUCAAGGGAAAACCAACACGAAUGCUUGUUUAUGGUCGGCCAGGAAUUGGCAAGAGUACGUUUUGUAAGAAGGCUGCGUAUGACUGGUCGAAAGCCUUAAAAGAAAUCCUAAAGAACUUUUAUGUUUUGAUUUUGAUUAAGUUGCGAGAUGUGUGUGACGCAGGAAACAUCCGUGAUGUUUUGCAUGCGUCUAAAUUACUGGCCAGUGAUGGUCCGAUCUCAGUUGAUAGUCUCUAUGAUUACAUAACUAACAAUCAAGAUAAAGUGCUUCUUAUUUUGGAUGGCUACGAUGAGUACAGCUGUGCAAAAGAACACUCACCCAUCCUUGAAAUUUGGAAGGGUGAGCAACUAAGAGAUUGUCACGUUAUUGUCACCACGCGUCAACUUAAAUGUGACGAGUUAAGAGGCCCCAGCCACGUUCAGUUAGAAAUUCAAGGUUUCAAAAGCUGGGAACGAAAAGAAACCUUUGCGAGAAAAUUUUUGGCAGGUGGAGAUGAUCUUGACGAGUUCAUGUCCUACCUGGAAGAAAAAGAUCUCCUUGACAUGGCAGAAAUACCUCUCCUCUUACUGAUGCUGUGUAUUUUGUGGAAAGAGAAACAUCACGAAGGACUGCCAAAAUCACGGGCCGACAUAUUCACACAAUUCAUUCAAACCAUGCUAGAUCACAAAGGUGAAAGUCAACAGCCUAUGCCAUUUCAGAAAGUGACCUCAACAGAAGCCAGAGAAGACCUUAGUAAUCUUGGAAAGGUUGCCUUUGAAGCACUUCUGCAAGACCGUCUUUACGUACGCUGCAGCGAACUCCCCGGCAAUAUUUCAAGAAGUUUUCAAAAAUUAAGUGAAGUUGGGCUUUUCCAGAUUGUCAAUCUUACGAGUCUCAAUCCUGAGAAAGGGGCCUAUUUCAUUCAUAAAUCCGUACAGGAGUUCCUUGCAGCCUGGCACAUUAAGGAGGAAGUGUUGUCGAAUAAAGGAGAAAGUACGCCUAGCCUUUCCAAAGUUGAAUCAUUUGAAAAGAUCGAUAAGAUGGAUGAAGUUCUGAAAUUUGCCUGUGAGCUGUCAACAGAAGCCGCGUGCGCAGUUUUCCAUCAUGUGGGGUCUGUUGGAAGAAAGGAAUCUGUGUGGGAAUGUGAUUUCAUUGAGCUGCUUCUGGAGGAUGACGAACUGUCUUUAAAUGAAGAACUGCCUUCAAAUGAAAAACUUUAUCUUGAGCUUAUCUCGCAUAGCUACUUUUGUUGUUCGGCCGAGAAGAGGCGGGAUCUCUGCUCAGUAUUUCCCUCUUGCACCGGAGGUGUUUUGUAUCUUGAUUCUAACACGGUGAACAUUACUGCAAAUGAACAUUUGCUGAAAUCUGGCAUGAUACCCGACUUUAUCUUUUUUCCUCUCUACGAAAAUUCUUCAGAGAAAAGCUAUCGAGACUUGAUCACUGUAGCGGAGGACACAAAUGCAGUAUUUUUGAGCUGUUCGGGCGAAAAGAAAGCCGCAGAUUUACUGAAGAAGUUCCCGCGUCGUUCUGUGGGCGAGUUCUUUUUGAAGAGAGAGAGAAAAAUCGUCGUUUAUGUUUAUCAAAUACACGUAGUAAAAUAUGGUAGCACUUUUCCGACUGAAAUGCUGCGAGAGCUCAUUUCGCCAACAGCAGAGUCUACUCAGGUGACGCGUCUUGUUGAUCCGUUGAAUGAACACGACAGCGAAACAGCUUCGAGUUUGACUCAGAACACUGAUAGCAUCACUGGUCCGACUCCUCAGAGCCUUUCCUUUGUGAAGCGGAUUGAUAUUGAGGGCAUAGAAAGGCAAGAGAUAAAGAUGCUGGCUGAUUUCUUACCACUUUUCACUGCUCUGCGUCAUAUAUAUAUUUCUGGGAAAUCCUUUGAAGUCAUUGAUGCUCAGUUGACAGAGACCCUGGUGUCUCGUAUCAUCUUCACUGACAGACUUCACACAUUAACACUUGUGUAUAUCAAUUUAACAGCCAAACCUGCCGCAGUCGUCGCCAGAUCUCUGCACCAGUCUCCUAGCCUGGAACACCUCAACUUGUCACAAAACCCUCUUGGUGAAGGAGUAAGUGUUCUUACUCAACAUCUCAGCUGUGUUCCUCACCUGGAGAUUCUGUGCCUUUUUGAUGUUAAAAUGACAAAGCAGCAAGUGAAUGAAUUGAGUGCAGCUGUACGUCAGAGUAAGAUCUUCCGGUUGGAAACACAAUACCACGAUCACAAAGGGAAUGUCAAACCUGAAGAAGAAUGGCCAACAGAUGAGUUCUGGAGUGGUUAUUGGAGCGAAUCAGAAGAAGAGUCAGAUCCUGGGUCAGUUACUGACUCAGGUGAUGAGGAGGAGCCGACUCCAGGUACUGACUCAAGGAAGAGCCUGAGUCCUGCCUGGAAACGUAACUGA